UUUUAUAGUGUUUUGCAUAAAAUGAGUGCAUUUCAUAUAUUUUUGAACAUUAUAAUUGAAGUAUGAACUAUCCAAAAUUAAUUAGUAAACUUCAUACACCAAAAAUUGUGUGGUAUCAAACAGAUAUUACAAUUGUUAUACGUGUUUUAUUGCAAGAUGUUAACAAUUACUUUCUUCAUGUUGAAUGUGAUCACUUAUUGUUUAGCACUACAAUAAAUUCAAGACACUAUUACAUUUGUUUAUACCUUUUUGGAACAAUAGUAGCAGAAAAAACAACUCACAUAAACAAAGGAAGAGAAAUUAAAAUUACCCUUAUAAAGGCUCACAAAUGGACAGAGUGGUUAAGAUUGCAUAUCGAUAAAGAAAAGAAUCCUUUGAUAACUGCGGACCCAGAUCAUAUAUAUAAAAGUAGUUGGACUAUGGAACCUUUAAGAUUUGAAAAAGAAAGUUUUGCAGAGUAUAAGCGUAGAAAUAAUAUAACACAAAUAAUGCCAGAUGUACCAUCUAGCGAUGAAGAAGAAUCUGAUGAUGAUGCAAUGGACGUGUUGUUUCUUUAAUUCAUAUUAAUUUAGAGAGAGUACAAGUUGCUUAAUAACUGGAAUGCUUUUAUAUUAUUUUUAUCAUAUACAAAAUGAGGUAUAGCACAAAACAUGGAACUGGAAAAACUAUACAUACAUACAUAGAUUUUUUCUUAAUACAGCCCUUCAUUAGUAACAUUGCUCUUAUCUUUGGCAGUAGAUAUUUCGAUUUUUACAUAGUUAUACGUAAUGUCUCCAUGGGGGAUUGGGGACUGUGAAAAUAAUAUCAUUUAAAUGUUUCAACAAUACAUACAGUGUUAACAUGAGAUAAACAGAAAUAUGAUUUAAAAUAAAGUAGUCAAAUAUUUUCUAGUAAAACAUA